AUGGGGAAACUGAGGCCUGGGAACACAGUGUGGCUGGCCUCUGGCCACACAGGAAGACUCUGGUUCUUCCACAACCUCCUGCUUCUGCUAUGGACCCUCCUGAACUGUGUUUUGGGGAAUAGUGCUCAGGGUCCCAGCGAGUGGACUUCCUGGGGUUCUUGGAGUGGCUGUUCUAGCUCCUGUGGGCGGGGUGUCUCUGUUCGCAGCCGGCGUUGCAUCCGGCUUCUCGGGCAAGAGCCAUGUUGGGGCAACACACACGAGUACCGCCUCUGCCAGUUUCCAGACUGUCCCCCAGGGGCUGUGGCCUUCCGAGACCUACAGUGUGCUCUUUACAAUGGUCACCCAGUCCUAGGCAUGCAGAAGACCUACCAAUGGGUGCCCUUCUAUGGGGCGCCUAACCAGUGCGACCUCAACUGCCUGGCAGAAGGGCAUGCCUUCUACCACAGCUUCGGCCGCGUCCUGGAUGGCACCACCUGCAGCCCAGGUGCCCAGGAGCUCUGCGUGGCUGGCCACUGCCUUAGCGUCGGCUGUGACGGAUUACUGGGCUCGGGAGCCCGUGAGGACCAUUGUGGACGUUGUGGCGGGACCAACGACUCAUGCUUCUUCGUGCAACGUGUUUUCCGUGAUGCUGGUGCCUUCACUGGAUACUGGAACGUGACCCUGAUCCCUGCAGGCGCCAGACACAUCCGAGUGGCCCAUCAGAGCCACAACCACCUAGCACUGAUGGGAAGCGAUGGACACUACGUGCUCAAUGGGAACUGGGCGGUCAGCCGGCCUGGGACCUACCAGGCGGUGGGCACCCACAUAGUCUACACCCGGGACGCAAGGCCAGAGGAGACAUUGCAUGUGGCGGGGCCCACUUCCCACGACCUGCUCCUGCAGGUCCUCCUGCAAGAGCCCAACCCUGGCAUCAAGUUUGAGUUCUGGCUCCCUCGGGAACUCUACGGUCCCUUCCAGGCUCAGGUGCAGGCCCUGGGCUGGCCCCUGCGGCAGCCACAGCCCCGGGAAGUAGUGCACUUCCCAACCCUCUCUACUAUCCUGACUCGAACCCAAACCCUGGCCCCAGACCCUUGCCUGCCCUGCCCUGAUACCCGUGGCCGUGCCCACAGGCUGCUCCACUACUGCAGCAGUGACUUCGUGUUCCAGGCCCGUGUGCUGGGCCGCCACCGCCAGAACCAGGAGACCCGCUAUGAGGUGCGCGUGCAGCUUGUCUACAAGAACCAGUCACCACUGCGGGUCCGCGAGUAUGUGUGGGCCCUGGGCCACUGCCCUUGCCCACUGCUAAGCCCCCACCGAGAGUAUCUGCUGGCUGUCCAGCGCCUGGUCAGUCCUGAUGGCACACAAGACCGGUUAUUGCUGCCCCACGCUGGCUAUGCCCGUCCCUGGAGCCCUGCUGAGGAUAGCCGGGUACGCUUGGCUGCCCGGCGCUGUCCUUUCUGA